UUUCGCGAUCCCCUACUUGAGAGAAUCAUCCAACUCACGACAACGCUCCGCCCGGUGACGACGACGAAGCAACCGCCAAAAUGACUAAGGGAACUUCGAGCUUUGGCAAGCGCCACACCAAGACCCACGGUCUUUGCAGACGUUGCGGUCGCCGUUCGCUCCACAACCAGAAGAAGGUCUGCGCUUCUUGCGGCUACCCUGCCGCCAAGACCCGCAAGUACAACUGGUCUGAGAAGGCCAAGCGCAGAAAGACCACCGGCACUGGUCGCCUCCGUUACCUCAGCACCGUCUCUCGCAAGUUCAAGAACGGCUUCCAGACCGGUGUCCCCAAGGGCUCCAAGGGUCCCGUCGCUGCUUAAACGAGCGAACUGGGUUGGAUUUUCGGUUUUCUCGGGUCGAUUAACGUGAACUGGCGGCGGCGAAGUGGGACAAGUGGGACGGGAUCGUUUUCUUUGGCGGGCGCGGUGUAACCAGGGACUGGGAUUAUCUCCGGAUCGGACCUAAACUCGCUUUUUGCUGCUGCUACAUCACAUCAACGGGCAAAAGGUGCACGAGGUUUCAUUUUGCGCGCGCGCGGGAACUUGGUCUUCAAAAGCAUUCUUGACAUGCAAGAAGCAAACAUGGCCAUGAGAUACAAUGGCGUAACGUCUUUUUGCUGAAGUGGAAACAGCAAAGUCUCCCCGCGGACAAGCAAGCUCUCAGACUAGGUGGUGGGCUGAGUGUCGCCCGGUCGAGCAAGUUUUACUACUCUUCAAUUCCAGUUCCGUUUUUCACUCGAGCAUCUGGACAUUUGGGAGGACUACGAAUGUCAAAUAUGACGUGAUGUGUGAUGAUCAUCAAUUUCAAUAUCAGGCCUGAUGUUCACCAGCUACUUAUUGCCCCCUUUCGAAAACCCGAACACCACCAUCUCCCCCGACAUGAUACAGAUACUCCUUCUCCUCUAUCUGUUUCUCGCCGCCAGUGUCUCCGCCACGCGUAAUCCUGACCACACCACUCACAUCCUUCGCGAUGCCAGUAUCAAGCAAUCUGAGGCUCACAACCAUC